UAUUUCCAUAAUUAUUGUCAUGGAAACUGUUUAGCUAGGCUGUGUGCAUAAAAUAAAAAACAGUAAAAGAUGUCGCUGUCUUUAGAUAAGGGCGAACUUCUGCCGGCUGUUUCCUCGACGCUACAGUCUCUGACCGAGCAGAGAAAGUUGGAUUACAGUCGGUCCUGCAUUAAACUGGUGGAUCGGGUUGAAAACAAGUACCCUCUGGCUGACAUUAUCAUGAGCAGUUGUACCGGGACAAAGGUGAAUGGAAAUCUUGUUGGCGAGGGGAGUGCCAAGUUCCACGAUGGACACUCGUAUCAGGGAUGUUUCAGCAAUGGAUUCAUGGAUGGACAGGGAAAGUAUACAUGGAAGGAUGGCGUUGUGUAUGAGGGAGAUUUCAGAGAGUGUAAGAUCACAGGACAGGGAACAUAUAUCUGGCCUGAUGGAAGUACUUAUGCUGGUGAGGUUCUCAAGGGCAAGCGUCACGGUACUGGAACGUACUAUUGUGCACACACGAGUGCAACAUACACUGGCAGCUGGGUGGGCGGGGCCAGAGAGGGACAAGGCAAACUGGUAUACGAUGAAAACGGACUCAGCUACUAUGAUGGAGAGUGGGCGUCCAAUCGGAUAGAGGGAUAUGGAGUGAGGAAAUACAGGUCUGGCAAUGUGUACGAGGGUAUGUGGCAUGCCAACAAGCGUGAAGGUCAGGGGACCAUGUCCUGGUUGGAUCGAGGAGAGAGAUACAGUGGGGAGUGGGUGAGCGGUGUGCAGACUGGAUACGGGGAACAUGUGUGGAUUAUCGGUGGGACAGACAAUGCUCAGUACCCUGUGUGCAAUCGCUAUGUUGGAGACUGGGAGAAUGGAGUAAGAGAAGGCAAGGGAACCUUCUAUUAUGCAAGUGGUGGAGUGUACACUGGUGAAUGGGCCAACAACAAGAAGCAUGGUCAGGGACGAUUUGUGUUCCAGAGUGGCAAGAUCUACGAGGGACUAUUUGAUGCUGACACGAUGGCAGACGAACAGAGCUCUUCUCUGAGAGAAAGGGUUUUCAGACCAAAGACCCCUUUAGGCAGUCUCAUCGGUGACAUUGACAGUUCAGAGCAGCUGAGUGGAGGUUCUGUGACUGAGAAAUUCAAUCUUCAGAUCCAUCGAGUCAUCCCGCUCCAUGAUGACAAGCAGCACGAGCUGAAGCAGGUCCACUGCGUUCUACUACGGUUCAUUACACAGCUCAAAGUCAUCUAUCAUCUGUAUAGCUCUCUAGGUUGCUCUGAGGCAGUGGCCUCCCCACAACGCACCAUGACAAGACUACAGCUAUGGAGGUUACUCAGGGACUGUAAGCUACACCAUCUCGGCUUCACACUCUAUGAGGCUGACAUCGCAAUAGAUCCUGACUCCCCUGCCUCCUCUGCCCACGAUCCAAACACCACCUUCCUGAUGAGGGAGUUCCUACAAGUACUGGUCUUCCUAGCAAAUUUUAUCUAUAAUGAGAAGGGUAUCCCCACCAGCCAGCGUUCUAAUGACACCCUGAAUGGUCGACUGUCGAGGCAUCUUUCUGAGCUGAUAUCAACCCACAUCCUGCCGCUAGCAGGGUCCCUCGGAGAGCUACUGUAUGGACAGGGCAGGGAGAACACUGAGCUGACAAUGAGUUACAGGGAGGACGUGUGGAGACUGUUUGAGAGCAUCAGAAACAAAAGUGCUACUGAUGAGAGAGCAGUCACUGUUAGAGACACACUCUUGCUCCUCCAGGACUGCGGCAUGAUCAAUGGAGUUCUCACAGCUGCAAAGGUCACCUCUCUCCUGGUUAAAGAUGAUCCCCUGGCUUACAAUGAGGGCUACUACAACACAGACCUCAAUGUUGUGUUCCUUGAGUUCUUUGAGGCCCUCCUCAAGUGUGCAGUUGAAUGGUCCUCCAACCAUGUCUCUGUCAUAGUGGUACCGGAACAGGAGGAAAACCCUGAAAGUCCCAAAAGUCCCACUGAGGGAUGGAGCAACACUCUGCAAACUUUCUUCACUGACUUUCUCUCUAGAGUUAGGUAUUAACUUGUCAUCAUGCCUUAAUUGUAUGUCUUUCACAAAAUUAUAAUUGACACA